UGCGCGAGCACGUAUGCGUGUGCUCACUCGCGCAGCUCGUGCGCGCGCGCGAGCCCGUGCGUUUACUGGAAGAACCUCAGGACUGAAGGGGGCGGGGCCUUACGAUCGGCUUUACUCACUGGAAACAACCUCCGGUAACCUUCCGCUACACACACAUACAAACGGUCCGCCUACCUCCUCUCCCGCAGACGGCCAAGCCGCCGCCGACGAAGACGACCGUCCUCGACAUACUUUUUUGGCGGAAUAUUCCAGCGGGGGGAUUUUAAUGCCUGAGCUAAUCGUCCUCCAUCUAGCACUACUCUCGGGUAGUUUGCCGAGUGUGUCUUUAGGCGACGAGCUGCGGCACGGGGCUGUGUUAAUCCGCAAGGUGUGUCUUGGUGGUCUUUCCUAGCCCCUCUCUGGAUGCAUCCAGCUCCUCUGCCCCCGGGCCCUGGACCCGGUGUGUGACCCCGCCGCCCUCACCUCUCUCCCCCUCAGCGACCGGCGCAUUCCCGCCGCCCGUCCUCUGCCCCGAGGCGGGGGGCCGCGGCGCCAUGGUGGCCUGCGGCCGACGCGAGCCCCUCGCCAUGAGCGGCGUGACCCCCUCGGAGGGCAGGGUCCCGCAGUCCGACUGCACCCCGCAUCACUUCAAACCCUUCAGCUCGCACGCGCACUACCAGCAGGUGAUGCGCGCGUUGGGUAAGCUCCAGGAGAGCGGCUUCUACUGGGGCGCAGUGGGGGGCCGCGAGGCCAGCUCCCUGCUCCGCUCGGAGCCCCCCGGGACCUUCCUGAUCCGGGACUCGUCGGACAACCACCACUUCUUCACGCUGUCGGUGCAGACGGCACGCGGCACCAAGAACCUCCGCGUCCACAGCGAGGUCAGCGGCUUCUUCCUGCAGCCCGACGCGCAGUGCCCCCAGGAGCCGCCGCGCUUCGACUGCGUGCUCAAACUCAUCGCGCAUUACAUGGGGAAGGGCCCCGUCGCACGAAGCGCCGAACCCGGCUCCGGCCGCACCGUCUAUCUGAUCCACACCGGCGGCGAGCGGAUCCCCCUGGAGCUGCGGCGGCCCCUCCUCAACUCCCUGUCAUCCCUACAGCACAUGUGCAGGAGGACCCUGAACAACCAGGGCCUGGGCGGGGCCGAGCAGCUGCCGCACACACUCAAAGACUUCUUGGAGGAGUACGACGCCCCCAUAUGACUGCAGGGCUCGGACCAGUUCUCAACGGGGGACUAGACUGAAAGAAGAGGUAAACGGUCAACCUUCUCCCGAUGACUGACUUAGACGCAGAGCAGUGCCUCGUAGAAGACUAACAAGAAGAAGCGUCUUGUAUGCGUGUGUUCAUACAUGACCAAACUCGACCUUUUCUUUUUUCAAUCCAAAACCGGCUGCAAAAAUACACCAUACUGAUGGUGAUGAUGAUGCAGAUGGAGAAAGAAGAAAAGCGGGAAAUGGGAUUAAGAAGGGGGUGGGGGUGGGGGGGGGGGGGGGGGGGGGGGCGUCGUCAUACAAAAAGAGAUGCCCCGCGCUUCGAAGAAAUGACAGACGGACAGCCCAGAACCAAAAUGGCGUCAAGUCUUAAGAUUUUUUUCUUUUCUUUUGUAGUUCUCAUCUCAUAAAGCACGUAUGUCCAGACUCUGAGAAAUGUGGAGAUACAGGGGGUUCUCGGCUUUUGAUGUAGUUCCGUUUCUAUGGCGGUGACCUAACCCGAAUUUGGAAGUCAGAAUGUGCCAAAUCACUAACCUAAGCGAAAGCAGUAGUAGUCAUAAUUACAGUAAAUAUUUGCAUUUACACAUCGCUAAAAACCAGUAUGUCAGGAUCAGUCUAACUUGUAAACUAAGGAUUGAAAGAAAAUAUGCUAUAUCACAAUUGUGUUGCAGUACCACUGUAAAACGUGGGGGGCAGUGUUGAGAUUCAAAUAAUUUCCAUACCAUACCGAAUGAUUGCGAUGUUUGGCCGACGAUAAUACUACAAUACAGCGAUAAUCGAUAGACAGGAUGUCCUCAGUUAGGCAGUGUUCUGUUCCUAAAAUGGCGACGCAAGUCGAGUUUUUACACGACGCUGAACGGCACGUAGCCUAUCACUAAUCUAUGCGAGCAUUGUAGUUUACAGUAAAGUACUGUGGUAACUGAACACACCUUCAUGUGUCACUUGACCACAUAUUCUAACGCCUCGUAUGGCGGGAAAGUCGUAAACCGAGGACCUCACUGGUAUGUCUUGGCCAAGUCUCCCAACUGGGUGAUUUGACGCCGUAAAUACUCAAAUAGUGGGCUUGCAAACUAUUAUCCAGUAAUCAGUUAUGACAGUUAUCAUUUCAGUAGGGAGGCAACCUUGUAGAAAACAGUAAAAAGGUGACAUUUUGCUGUAUGCAAAAUGGGGUUAAAAAAAAAAAAAAAUAGCGUAAUCUGGUGGACAAACCUGAAAGCCAGUACAUGCGGCCCUUGUUUAACAACCGAGUUCCGUUCCUACAGCGCCGACGUAACCCAAAUUUGUACACUUCGGAAUCUGAUCACUAACGUACAAGUAGAAAAACCUUAAUUAGAGUAAAUAGUUAUUUGAAGGAAGGAAAAAAAAAAAACACCUCGCCCACAAAUAUACCCAUUGAAAAAGAGGAUUCUCGAAAUCUUGUAUUUUGGGGCCGUCGUAAACCGAGUGACACUUGUACGUGCUUAUCAUCUGACAAUGUAUAAAUAUAAAUAUAUAUAAAUGUGCAUACAUGAGUGCUCCCCCAUGAGGUCAGUGCACUCAUUAAAUCAUCGCGCAGAGCCAAAUGACUUCAUCAAAGGUGAGCAUUGGUUAGUUGAUUUAAUACGGCGCAGUUGUUAAAAGGCUGUAUAAAAUAUUAAUAAUGAAUCCAGA